GUUAAAUCGGCAAUCUAUCAGUUUUUCAGUCUAGGGUUAGGUUAAAGGUGAAACCUUUGGUACACCGAUUGGAUUGAUAAGCUGCUUGAGGAAGAGACAAAGUCAAAGCAGCAGAGUUCUUCAGAUGAUGUUAUGGCUCAGCACAGUCCUCAGUUAGGUACAUUCGUGAUGUAGGGUGCUUUAUCUCUGGUUUAUGUGGAGAUAAAACUGAGGAACUGUAUAUAGCAUUGAGAAGAAAGAAAAAUGAUACGUGAAUUGGUGUCUUACAUGCGACAGACAUGGAUGCUGAAGUGGUAGAGGUAGGGCAAGAAAAGGGGGAUAAUCCUCUGGCAGUAAAUGCUGACGCCAGUAAGGCUGAUGAACAGAAUGUGACUAGGAAUUCAACAGUGUUUGAGAUAGUUAAUCAUGAUGACAAUGGGGGAGCUAAACCGCAUGUGGGCAUGGAAUUCAAGUCGGAAGAGGCAGCCAAGAAUUUCUAUGAUGAAUAUGCUAGGCAUGUGGGUUUUAGCACCCAUGUUGGCCAGUUCACUCGCAAUAAACCUGAUGGGCCAAUUGCAACUUGGGAUUUUUCAUGUUCCAGGGAGGUUUUUAAGAGGAAGAAUGUUGAAAGCUGCAAUGCAAUGCUUAGACUAGAGAGGAAGGACACAGAAAAGUGGAUUGUAACUAAAUUCAUAGAGGACCAUAACCAUUCUAUGACGACUCCUAGUAAGGUCCGCUACCUUCAUCCUCGUAGGCAUUUUGCUGGAGCCACAAAGAAUUCUCCUGAAACAUUGGAUGUUUCAGUAGAUGGAAACAAUGGUUCUUAUGAUCCAAAUCAUGUUAGGAGUGCCUCCCCUGUUGAACCUAGUUGCUCUGUUAAGAAUUUUGGGCCUACAAACCAUGUUAGAGCUCUCAGCAGAAAGAGAACCCUAGGUAGAGACGCUCAAAAUCUUCUAAGCUAUUUCAAGAAGAUGCAAGCUGAAAACCCUGGCUUCUUUUAUGCAAUACAGCUUGAUGACGAUAAUCGAAUGACUAAUGUUUUCUGGGCUGAUGCAAGAUCAAGGACAGCUUAUAAUUACUUUGGAGAUGCAGUUAUUUUUGACACCAUGUACAGACCAAACCAUUAUCAGGUUCCAUUUGCUCCAUUCACUGGUGUAAAUCAUCAUGGCCAGACAGUGUUGUUUGGUUGUGCAUUACUGCUAGAGGAGUCCGAGUCUUCCUUUACAUGGUUGUUUCAGACAUGGCUAUCUGCAAUGAAUGAUCGGCAUCCUGUUUCAUUUACCACAGAUCAAGAUCGAGCCAUUCAAGCAGCAGUAGCACAGGUGUUUCCAGAAACUCACCACUGCAUUUGCAAGUGGCACAUCUUGAGAGAGGGCCAAGAAAGGUUGGCGCAUAUAUAUCUUGCUCAUCCUUCGUUCUAUGGUGAGCUUUAUACCUGCAUAAACUUCUCUGAGACAAUUGAAGAUUUUGAAUCAUCUUGGUGCUCUCUUCUUGAUAAGUAUGAUCUCCAAAAGAAUGAGUGGCUUCAGGCAGUGUACAAUGCUCGUAAACAGUGGGCCCCAGUUUAUUUUCAUGGCACUUUCUUUGCUGCACUUUCUUCAAACCAAGGAGUUACCUCCUUUUUGGACGGGUAUGUGAAUCACCAAACUACCAUACCAAUGUUUUUCAAGCAGUAUGAGAGGGCUCUAGAACAUUCUCUAGAGAAGGAAAUAGAAGCUGAUUAUGAUACAAUAUGCACCACACCGAUACUGAAGACACCAUCACCAAUGGAACAACAGGCAUCAAGCCUUUAUACAAAGAAAGUUUUUGCAAAGUUUCAGGAGGAACUAGUUGAAACUUUUGUGUAUACUGCAAACAAGAUUGAGGGUGAUGGGGUAGUCGGUAAGUACAGGGUUGCAAAAUAUGAGCAUGAUCACAAGGCAUACAUAGUCAUGUUGGAUGUUUCUGAGAUGAAAACCAGUUGUAGCUGCCAGAUGUUUGAAUACUCGGGCAUUCUCUGUCGACACAUAUUGACUGUCUUCACAGUGACAAAUGUCCUCACCCUCCCAGCUCAUUAUAUAUUGAAGCGAUGGACAAGGAAUGCCAAAUGUUGGGUUGAGGUAGAUGAGCAGAAAACAGACCCUCAUGGUAUUGAGACUCUAACCAUGCGCUUCAAUAACUUAUGCCGGGAAGCCAUUAAGUAUGCAGAGGAAGGGGCAAUUGCUAAUGAAACAUAUAAUGCUGCCAUUAGUUCUCUUAGAGAGGCUGGGAGAAAGAUUGCUGCUAUGAAGAAGAAUGUAGCUAAAGUCACACCUAGCUCUCAGGGUAGUGGACAUAUUCACAAAGAUGAUAACAAUAAAACACCUCCACCAGUCUCUGACAUGGUUCCAUCCUUGUGGCCGUGGCAAGAUUCAGCUCCUCACUGCUUCAAUCUUAAUGAUGUUGGUGUUCCUGUUUCUGAUCUAAAUCAACACAGCAUGGGUCCCGUGUCUAUUCAACAUGACAGUGGCCAUCCUGAUAGUACGGUGGUUCUUACUUACUUUAAGUCCAUGACUUGGAUCAUAGAAAAUAAGAGUGCAACUCCAGCUGGUAAAGUAGCUGUCAUAAACUUGAAGCUGCAAGACUAUGCCAAGAAUCCAUCAGGAGAGACAGAAGUGCAAUUUAGGCUAACAAAGGUCACACUAGAGCCUAUGCUGAGAUCAAUGGCCUACAUCAGUCAGCAGCUCUCAACACCCACCAAUAGAGUUGCUGUCAUAAAUCUGAAGGCUUCUGUACCAUAUAUUCCAAUCAUUAAGGAGUGAGCCUAGAGCUUGCCUGAAAGCUGGAGGAGUUUGAGCCUCUAGAUUCUUGCUUUCCUGUACAGCAAUAUACAGUGAUUUUUUGGACUCAUUACUUCAAUGUUUUACUCAGCUUCAAGAUACAACAACAACUACUGGAGAAACAGAAGUGAAAUUUCAAGUAUCAAGAGAUACAUUGGGUUCUAUGUUGAGAUCAAUGGUCUACAUCCGUGAGCGACUCUGAUAAUUAGUGCUUAAUUCAGACGGCAAUGCCUAUAUGCAGGAGGGUAUAUUGGCACAGAGCCUCAAAACCAUACCAGAGCCAGCUAUCCAUAUGUGGAAACUACAGGAGUGGAGCCAUUGCAGGUUGGCGACAUUUGGUCUAUUACUUUAUAACAUGUUAAAUGUUGGAUUGACAGAAUCUGGGUAGUUAUAGUUUAGGUAGGUAAUUAUUAUUCUUCUUUUUAACUUCUAGAUAAAUACAUGAGUGCUUUUUACUGGGAGCUGAUUUUGUAAAUGUAAGCUGUGAACACGAUCCUUAUUCAAUGAGUGUUGCAAAUAUUCUGUAUUUUUCGGCUUCUUCACCCAGCAAUUCACUGGGUUAUCGCCCUCAU